UGGCGAAGAUCAUGCGCAAGUUCGAGAAGAUAUUUCCAGACGACCAACCGCUCGGCCUGCCACCCAAACGCCCACACGAUCACAAGAUUGAGCUGGAACUAGGAGAGCAACCGACCGUCCGAUCGCAAUGGAGGCUGAGUCAACUAGAGCUGAUGGAGCCGCGUACGCAAAUGGACUAUCUGAUGGAGAAGAAAUUUAUUCGCCCGUCCACGUCCCCCUACGCCGCGCCGAUUCUCUUCACCCCCAAAAAGGACGGAGGGCUUCGGAUGUGUACCAAAUAUCAUGCACUCAACAAAAUCACCAAGUUGCGUUACCCGAUUCCACGAGUCGACGACCUCAUCGACCAACUUCGCAGGGCCAGGAUUUUUUCCAAGAUUGAUCUACGAUGAGAUUACAGUACCACCAGAUCCGUAUC